GCGCAUGCGCAGAGAACUUUAUUCCGUUAGCUGUCAAAGCUGAACGUUUCCCUACUUUGUUUUCCAUGGAGCUAACUCUGGGAAGAGGAAAACUACGGAAACCCGUGCGGAGCUUUAAUGAGAAGAAACAGUACAAAUGAUUUAAGGUUUGAAAGAAGGAGCACGUCUUUUGAGAACUUUAUGCGAGAUAUUCUUUCUUUGAGAACGACAAGGACCGACAUUACUCUCUCUCCUCUGAAGUGCUAACGGCUGGUCCUGCCUUCAAAAGCAGCACCAGUCCUGUGCGUGUGUAUUACUUUUAAAGAAGUUAUUUAUAUUCUAACUGUAUAAAGAUUCUAUAAUUCCAAGUAACAUUUCAAGUAUGGUAGUUACGCUUUCGACUGGCGUUGACUAGAAAGGGUGGGGAACAGAAAAAGAGGGGCUGGGCAGGUAGCUGCACCCGUUGCGAUGGGCAACCGUGGGAUGGAGGAGCUGAUCCCGCUGGUCAACCGUCUCCAUGAAGCCCUGGGCACCGUGGGACAGAGCUGCAGCCUCCACCUGCCGCAGAUCGCCGUGGUGGGCGGCCAGAGCGCGGGCAAGAGCUCUGUGCUGGAGAACUUUGUGGGCAGAGACUUCCUUCCACGAGGUUCAGGAAUUGUCACUCGGAGACCUUUAGUCCUUCAGCUGCUAAACUCAAACAUAGAAUAUGGAGAAUUCUUCCACUGCAAGGGAAAGAAGUUCACAGAUUUUGAUGAGAUCCGCAGGGAAAUUGAGACAGAGACACGCAGACUCACGGGGUCCAAUAAAGGGAUCUCUCCGGUCCCCAUCACCCUCAAGAUUUACUCACCUCAUGUGCUGAACCUGACUCUUGUGGACUUGCCUGGCAUCACCAAGGUACCUGUGGGAGACCAGCCAGCAGACAUAGAGUACCAGAUACGAGACAUAAUCAUGCAGUAUAUCUGUAAGGAAAACUGCCUUGUUUUGGCUGUCACGCCGGCCAACACUGACCUGGCCAACUCAGAUGCCCUUAAGCUGGCCAAGGACGUUGACCCGGAAGGUCAGCGGACAAUUGGCGUAAUCACAAAACUGGAUCUGAUGGAUAAAGGAACUGAUGCCAGGGAAAUACUAGAAAACCGGCUGCUCCCCUUACGCAGAGGUUACAUAGGGGUUGUGAACCGCAGCCAGAAGGACAUUGAUGGGAAAAAGGACAUCAUGGCAGCUCUGGAGUCAGAGGGAAACUUCUUUCUAUCCCAUCCAGCUUACAAACACAUUGCUGAACGCAUGGGGACCCCAUAUUUACAAAGAAUACUUAACCAGCAACUGACAAAUCACAUCCGGGAUGCCCUGCCAGCCUUUCGCACCCACCUACAAAGCCAGCUUCUUGCUUUGAAUAAAGAGGCUGACGAAUACAGGAAAUUCAGUCCAGACAAUGUUGUGCGCAGGACCAAGACACUGCUACAGUUAGUUCAGCGCUUGGCUGUUGACUUUGAGAAACUGAUCGAAGGGUCUGGUGACAAAGUAGACACAGGGAAUCUCUCAGGAGGGGCUAGGAUCAAUAAAAUCUUUCACGAGCGCUUUCCCAAUGAACUGAUCAAGACUGGGUUUGAUGAGAGGAAGCUCCGCCAGGAGAUCAACUAUGCUAUCCGAAACAUACAUGGAGUCAGGACAGGCUUGUUUACACCUGAUAUGGCAUUUCAAGCCAUAGUAAAGAAACAGAUAUCAAGUCUUAAAGGGCCGUGUAUUAAAUUCAUUGACAUGGUCAGUCAGGAACUGAUUACGACUGUGUACCAGUGCAUUGGCAAGCUCAGCACCUUUCCCCAACUGCGAGAAGAGACCGAGAGGAUUAUUAUCACUGAAAUUCGAGAGCAGGAAAAUAAAUGCAGAGAGCAGGUCUUGUUGCUUAUUGACAUCCAGCUUGCCUACAUAAACACCAAACAUGAAGACUUUAUUGGCUUCACUAACUUCCAGCAUUUAAACAACCAAAGUAAUAUGAACUCUUCAGCACAGAUCGCAAGGAACCAGGGUGUGGCUUCUCGCUCAAAUCGAAUAGUCAUACAGAAGGGCUGGCUGACCAUCAGUAACAUUGGCAUAAUGAAAGGUGGAGCAAAGGAGUUUUGGUUCAUCCUCUCUACAGAAAGCCUGUCCUGGUACAAAGAUGGAAAGGAGAAGGAGAAGAAGUACAUGCUUCCUCUGGACAACUUAAAGCUCAGAGAUGUGGAAAAGGGCUUCAUGUCCAGCAAAUUUGUUUUUGCUAUCUUCAACACGGAGUUAAGAAACGUGUACAAGGAUUACAAAUGCUUGGAGUUGGCCUGUAACUCUCAGGAGGAGCUGGACAGCUGGAAGGCAUCUCUGCUGCGGGCUGGAGUCUACCCUGAGAAAAUCACAGUAGAUGGGCAGGAAAAUGGAGCUCAACCCAUUACAGAUCCUCAGCUGGAGAGACAGGUGGAGACCAUCCGAAACCUGGUUGACUCCUACAUGAGCAUCAUCUAUAAGACCAUGAGGGAUCUGAUGCCAAAGACCUUGAUGCACCUCAUGAUAAAUAGUGUGAAGGAGUUCAUUAGCUCUGAGCUCCUGGCGCAGCUCUACGCUCUGGGGGAAUGCUCAGCUCUGAUGGAUGAGUCACCAGAGCAGAAGCAGCUCCGUGAGGAAGUGCUCCGUAAACACUCUGCCCUGAAGGAGGCGCUCACUGUCAUCGGAGAGAUCUCCUCUUCUACCUUCACCACCCCACUUCCUCCACCCGUAGACUCUUCCUGGAUACAGCACCUAAGCUCAAGACAUCGUAAAAACUCAGCAACCGAUGGCAGGUCGGUGAUUCGAGCCAAUGCUCCGCCUGUCCCUCGUGUAUCUCCCACUGGACCCAACUCUUCCUCUGAUGGCUUUCAGCAGCUCACCGGUCAACAUAACCGUGUCAGAACCAGUGUGCCAAGGAGGCAACCCCCAGCAAUCCCAGGUGUGAAAUAGUUCAGCUCCAUGGAGCUCUACUCUAUCCUUCAGCUCUCGUUGACCACUACCAAACGCCCGUGACCUGCAUGAUGUAUAAUCCAGCUGAAGCACUUUUCUGGGCUUCUCUCCCUCUCCUUUGGGAACUGGUGUCUGCAAAAUUCACUCCGUCCCGAGCCUGUUUUGUAUAUGUCUGGCCAUAAAAAGCUGGAAUGUGUGCGGCUGUCUCAUGAUUUCUCUCAAGUGCCUGAACUAUGUAUUGUAUUAAAAUAUGCUUGAAAUUAUUCUGCUACAGAAGAAUACAAAUGAAUUGCUUUCA